AGCCAUCAUCCGUAGAGUCCAGAAGUGGUCUCAGUCGCCACCGUUAACUCUUUGAAACUAGACGCAGCGAGCGGCAAAAAAUCAGAACAACAAACAACAUACAAAUAAAUUAUAUUAGAAGGAAAUUAAAACUCGGGCGCGAAAAAAAAGCUGGAAAAAAGUGCACCGGGGAGAGGAUAGAAAGAGAGAGCGAGAGAAAGAGAAAGCAAGAGAAUGCUAGUGAAUUGUGUUUGCAGAGUGAUCAAUUGAUAGAAAAGUGACCAAAAUAUAUAUAUAUAUAUAUAAAAACGAAAAUCAAUAUAAAGAAUAUAGGUUUGACAAGUGCUGACCCUUCCCUCACCAUCUAAUCAUCUGUUCAACACUUGACCCAAACCAAACCCCCCUUCCCCGCAUUUGGAGUGCUUGGGUUCUUGCAUGUAAGUCCCGAGCGGCAAUCCAAUGAAAAUGGAAGAUCCCACCAUAGCUGACACAUAUGUGCAGGACUUUGAUCUGCACCACCUGGAGGUGAGCGCUGGCAACAAUCAGUCGGCAUUAGCAGCAGCGGCGACAGCAGCAGCAGCGGUAAGUGUUCCUCCCAUUGGCCAUGUGAAGCGUGAAGAUCACAGUCCACCACAGCCGGUGGCUGUCAAAUGGAUACAUGGCGAGGCAUCGGCCCCAACCGACGAGCCAAACGGUCCAGAGGCGGCGGCACCUGAAUCCAUGCCUGGCGGAGCAGUUGUAGAGGUCGCCGCAUCGCCUCAUAUUAAGCUGCGCUCGUUUUCCGGCCACCAUCAAUGGCACAUGGAUGAGAGGAGAUUGCAACCGUUAUCACCGCCACCCGAACAAUAUGGUCCCAUGCCGGGACAAGCCAUUUUGGUCAAUACAUCGUCUUCCUCAGCAGCUGCUCCUGGUGUGCCCAGUGGCGUGCCCUCCACUCCGCCAGAGACGCCGCCCGUGGUAGGCUCUCCCACCGGUAGCGGCAGUUGUCCAGCCCAGACCUAUGCCCAUCAUUAUGCACAUGCCCGGACACCUGCCUCAUCGUCAUCGGGAGCUUCAUCAGCGGCGGCGGCAGCAGCAGCAGCUGCAGCACCGCCCGUCGUCAAUCCCGGACUUAGUCAUGAGAUGAUGUGGCUGACCAAUUCCAUACGUGCCGACCAACAGCCUUUGGAUCUGCGGCCGUUGGCAUAUUCUCAGGAGGAGGCGGACGAAUGGGAUAGGCAGAGAGAUUAUGCCGCCUUGCAGGCUGCCGCUGUUCAUCAUCAUCAUCAUGGUCAACCGCUAAUGCAGAAUCAUCAUUACGGACAUCCGCACUCACAUCCCCAUGGCCAUCCACAUCCGCAUCCGCAGGUGCUAAUGCAGCAGGCCAAACAUCCGACCUCUCAUUUGCAUAAUCUCGAGCUCACUCCCAUCAAUAUGCACUCGCAAGCACAGACCUACGCCUCGGAAACCCAUAUGACAUGUGGCUCUCAGAUCCCCAGCAUUGGCAGCAGCAGCGGCGGCAGCGUUGGCGGCGGAGGCAGCGCCGGUGGCGGCAAUAGCUGUGUCCUCACCCGUUCAGCCCUCCAACCAUUACGUCCCCUGUCGGCGUGCUCUUCACGUUCCUCCACCAACUCACCGCGAACAUGCUCCGGAGCCUACAGCAAUGCAACGCUGGAGGAUUGCAUCAACGAUGACAUGCUGACCACUCUAACGGUUCGGGAACUCAAUAAGCGACUCCAUGGUUGUCCGCGCGAGGAGGUUGUGCGACUGAAACAAAAGCGUCGCACUCUCAAGAAUCGUGGCUAUGCCCAGAAUUGUCGCUCCAAGCGUCUGCAUCAACGCCACGAACUGGAGAAGGCCAAUCGUCAGCUGAAUCAGGAUUUGCAUCGCCUCAAGGUGGAAUACUCACGUGUCUGUCAGGAGAGAGAUGCCCUCAUGCAGCGCCUCCAGAGAGGAGCGGGUGCAGCUGCAGCGGCAGCGGCGGCGGCAGCAGCAGCAGCGGGAGAUAGCCAGAGUUCGCCGGAAUUCUAUCUCUGACGGCAAUUAGCAGCGGCCACCUCAUCGGCGUCGUCAUCGUCGACAUCGGCGUCGGCGCCAUCCUCGCAUCAACACCAGCAGCAUCGUAUGGGUCACCAUCAUUGGUCAGCCCAGCAGCUGGUUAACUAAGGGAAACUAAAGAUAAACAUUGAAGGUAUUUUUUUUGUUUUAAAGAGUUCGUUUGUAUUUUGGUUUUCAAUUUUAAUUUCAACGUUUCCACUUCCUUCCAAUUGCUUCGAUACUAUAUCAAUAUUUUAAUUGUGACAAUAAAUUUUCGAUUAACCUUAAGUUUUCCAUUAAGUUUGAAUAAUAUGUUAGAAGAUAGAAGUUGUGAGGCCAGAGGCGUAUUUAACUAAACUUCAAAGUUAAUAUUAAAUAAUCGAUCAAAGUGCAAACAUUUUGAAUAAUUUUUUCGAUUCCUGUGAGCUUGGAAGAUCUCUCUUGAAUUGAUUUUAAAAGAUAUCUGAAAAUAAACUAAACUUUAUCCACUUAUAAAUGCCAAAUGUGAAUUGGCUAAAAUUCUUAAAUAUUUUAAAUAUUUUUUCUUCCACAAUCACAUAUUUAAUCCAAAACAGUUUCGCCCCCUCUGCAUUUGGACUACGCCCCUGAAAUAUAACUUUGUCUGAUUAUCAGUUUAAAUUGAUUAAAUAGUUUUGAAAUUGUAUAAAACAAACAUUUUUACAGCUUCUGAUUAAUAAUCGCAACAUUGUAUUAAAUAUGAAUAAAACAAAAAGCAAAAGGCAACAAAACAAAAAGAACAAAAUCGAAAUUAAUAACUAAAAAUAAAAUAAAAUAAAUAAAUUUACGAGUUAGUAACACACGCUUAUUUGUUGAUUAGUUCUAGCCUUAGUUUUUCCUAGUAUUAAGCGAGACGACAAAGAAGAAUAUAAAAUAUAAAACUAUAAUAUAAUAAUGUAAUAUCAUAGAAAUCGGAACAAAUAAAUAUAAUUGUAAAUGAUAUUUCAGUUUAAACCUCACCCAUCCCAACACUUUGCCACGCCCCACGCCCCAUAUCCCCCACGAGAAGGCAAUAAGAAUGAAAUAAAACAAAAAACUAAAGGUUGUAUUAUGUUUUAAAACCAAAUAAUUUAACAAAUAAAAUAAAACUCCAGAGAAAGAAAUGAUUGUAAAAAAACCGAAAUACUUACGAACCGAAAAUCCUAUACAAAUGUAAUAAGAAUGAAAAAAUGCAAAUUCAAUUGUAAAUACAAAUAUUUAAGUCUUCGAAAAUGUAAUAAGCAAAAAUAACGAAGAAAAUUCCAAAAGUCUCUUGAAGAAUAUAAGAUACUGAUUACCAACAAUUGUGAGUAGCUUUUAAGUGUGCAUAAAAAAAGGAAACAAAAAACCAAACAGAAAGUUAGUAUUAAAA